GCCUGAGCUGAACCUUUCUUUACACAACAUCUGGCAAAUCCUUACGAGCGGAGUGCAGCCUCCUGUCACCUGCAGCCUCGUGUGUGAUCGAUGAUUCCCCCUGAGGGGAUUCCUGUCGAUCUGUACAGUGGACUAGAAGUUACUGGAUUAACAUUUAGUUUGUUUUACCACAGUAGGGGAAGCAAUUCCCAUAUUUUUUAAGCUUUUGGACAUCUUCUGUCGCAAUUGAUCAAAUGUGAAGAUGCCAAAUCCUGUCGCCUCCCUCUCUACGGAAACGCUCAUCUCCAAAGCCUUCUCCUUGGACAUCGUUUCCACCAGCGUACUCCCCACAGACCCCUACACAGCGGCCAGCUUCAACGCCACGAUCAGCAACUUUAGUGGUAUCGGAAUCCUUCGCUGCACCUAUAAGGAAGAUUUUAAACGUAUUCUGCUCCCUGCCGUGUACACGCUUGUUUUCCUGCUCGGCCUCCCUCUCAACUCCGCUGUCAUUCUGAAGAUAUGGAGGACGAGGCCCAAUCUGUCCAGGAACAACAUCUACAUGCUCAACCUGGCCAUAGCCGACUUUCUGUAUGUGAUGUCACUUCCUCUGCUCAUCUACAACUACGGCAGCCAUGACUACUGGCCUUUCGGGGAGUUUGCCUGUAAGAUGGUCAGGUUUCAGUUCUACAGUAAUCUACAUGGCAGCAUCCUCUUCCUCACCUGCAUCAGCGUGCAGCGCUACGUGGGCAUCUGCCAUCCUUUCGUGAUGUUGCACAAGCGGGGCAGUCGCAAGAUGACGUGGUGCGUCUGCGGGGGGGUUUGGCUGGUCGUUGCCAUCCUGUGCGCACCGACGUUUUACUACGCCGAGACGGGAAUCCAGCGCAACCGCACUGUGUGUUACGACUUAAGCCCGCCGAAGCUCUCAUUGGCCUACUAUCCUUACGGCAUGGCUCUGACCUUCUUCGGCUUCUUUGUGCCUUUCAUGGGCGUGAUGGCGUGCUACUGCCGGAUGGCCCACAUCCUCUGUCGCCCAGUGUCCUACCAGGGUGUCUCCAUGGCGAGUGCGGAGAAGCGGGACACGGCGGUGAGGAUGAUCAUCUUGGUGGCGGUGGUUUUCUGCAUAAGCUUCCUGCCGUUUCACCUCACCAAGACCAUGUACCUGGUGAUACGCACCCUGCCCAAUGCGCCGUGCGAGACCAGGAACUUGUUCUCAAUCAUCUACAAGAGCACCAGGCCGUUCGCCAGCAUGAACAGCUUCCUGGACCCAAUCCUGUUCUACUUCACGCAGCCACGAUACCGGCAGAGCACCCGGAGGUUUGUGCUGAGAGUCACCACACUCAGAGAAAAAGGCACGAGUGUAUGAGCGAACUUACAGUCCAACUCUGCAGCAGGCCUGGUGGUUCCCCAGUGAUGGAUCCUAGGAUUCUGCAAAGACUUUAUUUUCGCUGUAACGAGGAAGUACACCUAUCUCAGAGGAUCUAAUGGAUUUAGAGACACUGGUUUAUCUUUUAAGCAUUGACAUGCAGCAUAGGAAUGUUGCAUUAUGAGCGAUAAACAUAGACUGAGAAAAGCAGGAGGACGAAAUGAAUCAUAUCCUGCUCCUAAGUAAACUCUAAGUAUUUGGGCCACUUAAAUGGGAAAAGAUUAUAAGUAUCAAGAAGUGUGAUAUCAUGAGAGUAAAAUGGUAAUUUAACAAGAGGAAAGUUGUAUUACGAGAACAAAGGGAAAAACAUUUUCUUUAGGAAAUAAGUAGCAUCUGGAUCCAAAACUUGAACCAAUCUCAAUGUUACUUUACAAACAACAUAACCUCUCUGUCACAGAUGUCGUGAUCAAAGCAGUCGACCAGGACCAAACAUUUCCUCCUCCACAAAACAUGCAAUUUCCCUCCAGUCUUUGUGGUUCUUCUUCAGAAUAGACACAGGUUAACCCUAACCCCCCCCACAGUAAUGAAAUCUGUUGAAUUUUGUUUCCCCUUUAAGUGGCGCCUAAUACCCACUUAAAGUGGCGCCUAAUACCAAUAUAUAUGUAUAGUACAUCACCCUUACACAACUCACUUUUAAUAUUUGUUUCUUUUCAUGUUUGUUUCUCACUGUGAAGUGUACAGUAAAGAUACACACGCUCCUCUCCCCCAGCAGGUCUCAACAGGUAUAUAGGAAUUAUUUGUAUACAUGUGAUGUGGAGGUGAAGAUGUACAAAGUGAAGGAGAGAACAACUAAUUUAAUUUUGGGGAUAAAAUACACCGGUGUCACUGAGCCAUGUAAAGUACUUAGAGUGAUUGUCAAUGUUUAAGACUGCAUGUUGGACAUGAGGUACCUGUGUGUGGACCCUAAGUGACACUGAGGAGAGACUCGCCUCAAGUUUAAAAAUGAAAUAUGUCGAACGAGUAUUUUACAUUUAUAUGAAAGUUCCACUGUUCCUUUCUUUUAUAAAUGACAUGAUUUAACAUUAUCCAAGCUUUUUUGCAUGUAAUUGCAUAUUGUAACCACUAGAUGGCAUGUGCACCUCACUACUGUUUCACCACUGCACUGAAAAGUAAGAUUUCUUUAUUUACAUUUAGUCCAGUAAAGAUCGCGUGUUAUUUACAGCAGUUUGGGGCAAACUGACGUCAUCACUGUUUAGCAAAUGUAUCCAACUAAUGACACAAAAUAUAUUCUGUCAAUGCAUUUGCUUUUUUCAUCCAUGUGUUGAGUAAACAGAGGAAAUCCUUUUUAAAUGUGUGUGCCAACAGAGGUGUUUACACACUAAUACAUAACAAAUCCUUAAUUAUAAAAAUAAUUUUCAGAGGGAUAAAACAUUCGAUUAAUCCACACUGGCAUCAUCUAAAUUAAGGUACAAGCUGCCGUUAUCCACUUCCUGUCAGCAUGUGAAUUAUUAGGAUUUCUGUUCCAAGACAUCAGCUCUGUGGAUGGAUGUCAGGUCUUAUACAGAUGAUAGAGUAGAGUAGUGAUAAUAGGGAAUAGAGAGACUUAUAUAAAGAAUGCAUGUAACUUUAAAGUAGACCUCUAGUGUGCAUGUGGCAUGUGUAGUACUUAUACUGUUUAUAUAACCAGAUACAUUAAAGUCCAAAUCUGUUUACAUGAUGGAAAACCUUAAAUUUGAUCCUUCCCCCAUUUGUUUCUUAUGUUCUAAGUUACUGAGUUUAUGAUUUGAUCUGUAGUUCAUGAAAUGAAGAUACAGUAAAUGUAAUGUAAAUUAAUGUUUCUUCUACUUGCAUUUGGCUGGAGCAUCAUGUUAAUUUAAAUCAUUAUAAUUUUCUCUAUAUUUUACUAGAGCUUAUUUUUCCACUUACUAUUGGAUGUCGUCUUUCAGACAUGGGAUUUAGUUGAAUAUUUUUCUAAUGCUUGUCUCGAUCGUUGAAUCCUUUGUCCCUGGGCUGUUGUUAAAACCCAGACAAGCACCUUUUCAUUCUUUGGUAAAGAUUUCUAUUUUCUUUGUGCAGAUUCUCCAUUCUUUUAGAAACAGUCAGUCUGUGGUUCAUGAUGAGAUCUCAGCACUGCUGAAGUCUUAUUCCCAUAAAGAUGAGUAAACCUUGAACAAAUUUAAUCCGAUUUUGUAGUAAACGUAUGUUGUGUUAAUUAGCUACUACAUUUACUAUCAAGAUAAAUUAAAUCUGUUAAUAAAAUGUACCUUAGGUGGGUAGUUUAUUGCUGAAGGUGUUCAUAUAAGUAGUUCAGUGUCUCUUUGUGAGUUACAUCUGGCUCUUCCAACCACUAGACCGUGUCAUGUGGCCGUCUCAGAUUUUCCAUUUUGAAUUUAAAAUGACCAGAAUAUACUUAAAUAAAUAAGUUACUACCUAAACAGUUCAAGUUGUUAAGUUCAAGUUGUACAUGUGUACAUAGGGAAGAUAGAGUUGUGUUUGAGUUUUGCACCCAUGCGUUAAGAAGUGUUGCAUAAAUUGAUUUAAUGUGAACAUGUAAUUUCAGAUGCAGUGGACAUUUUGACCACAACACAAGGUUGUGUGUUUAAUGUUGAUGUGUGUUUAUCUGUACAGUGUUAAUAUUCACUAAUGUGCUGAUAGACUGCACCAUUUAGUUUUUCUCUAUGGGGUCAAAUAUUUGUGAAAUGCAUUGUGUGUAUUUGUGUCAAUUUCGAUGUAUCCAGAUGUCUGUGUACUGUGUCAAAAUAUUUGUAUCAGUCAGUAUUAUUUAGAAAUUUCUUAUUUUUGUAAAAUACUUAAAGUCAGGAUUAGAUUUUUAUUUUUGUUACAUAGAGAUGAUUAUGUUGAUGAUAAACUAAAAUGUAUGUUUUCUCCUAAUUUAGUUUUUUAGUUGAGUUGCUGUAAAAUGUUCGCCUCGUUGUUAUGAUGUAAAACUAAUUGAAAACAGCCAUUAAAAAGCCAUGCAUACAUAAA